AUGAACAACAUCUGCCAGCAACUUCAAGGGACUACAUCAAGUAAAAUGGAAGCAGCAACUGCACUACCAGCUUACGGUGCUCUACGACUCCGGGCACAGACAGACGCACACGGUGGCCGCCUGACCGGCCGUAGGGGCUCCCGAGAGCGCCAGCGGAGCCGCGUGUCCCGCAGUAAGGAACGAGGGGAGCGGGAGCACCGUGGCCGAACACCGUGGGGCAGCAGCGACCCCUCCUCGGGCUGCCCCCUGGGAAGGACAGCGCAGCGCGGAGCCGUGCGCACCCGCGUCUCUUUGUUCGGCGGCCAAAUGACCGGAGCGGCCACACCAGCACCGCCGUGCUCAGCCCCGGAAGAGUGGUCCGAAAGGAGCCACAGAGCCAGGAGGCGGCCAGACCCCGUCCCGCGGAGCCGUCGGCAGAAGCGAACGUUACCUGCCCUAUCACCACGUCGGCGAGAGAGACUGGAAAUAAGAGCAGCCCCAAAUCCAACGACUUCAAAUGAAAAAAGAACUGGCUGGGAGAACUUUGCCAAGGAGCGCUCCGCACCAGAGCCGCGGUGGAAAUGGCUCCAGCAACACACUUGCAAUUCUCGCAGCUGUGUGAGAGAGCCGGGGCUAAACACCGCCCCUGCACAGCUGAUCCCUCUCAGAAGAAAGGAGUUUUGGCAAGAAGUACUGUCUAGAGAUCUAAAAACAUACAUGAAGUCAUCAUUACUGAUGGAAGGAAGAAGGGGAAUGCUGCAAAACUACUGGAGAACUGCACUUUCAUUUUGUGCACACACACAAAAAAAAGUAGUACCGGAUCACCUUCUCCUGCCUGGACGUGGCUUUUCUCCUUUAUCAGCCUGUAAUUGGACUCUCACUUUGACAGUGUGUAGCACUCCACAACAAAGAGCCUAA